AUGAGACUGAUUCUUUUGCUCCUCAUCCUCACUGUGUCAACCCAAGCAGGGCUGCUGGAUGCAGGCAAAGUAAAGGAAUUCUUCAAGGGGAAAGUUCCUUCUAUCUUCGAAAAAGUCAAGGAAAAAACCAUGACGAAGUUCAAAAAGCUCUUCGAAAAAACUGGCAUCCUUACACUUGGAAAGAAGCUGACCGAGGUGAGAAGCAAAGUCAUGAAGAAGCUCGAACUCUCAAAGGUUAAGACGGCAGAGAUCCAGGAAAAGCUCAAGGAAGUCGAAGCGAGAAGAGAUGAUUCUAUUGAUAAUGAGGAAGACACGAUAUUCGCGAUUAAUGCGGGACAAAAUGUCGGCAGGGAACUCUUCCAGAGCGAUAUCCUCCUAACCAAGAGACAGCUAGAAGAAGUUAUGGAAAGUGUCGAUGAAACGGGCAACCGAGAGAAGAGACAGGCAUUCAGAAACGAAUAUUAUCCUAAUACAACCUGGACUGAUGGGAUAUUUUACCGAUUCGACGCCAGUGCAGACAACCAUACAAGGCGAAUGUUCGUAUUAGGAGCCCAACAAUGGGAAGAAGCGUCUUGCGUGAAUUUCACCGAAGAUAAAGACAGAAAAGCUGAAAACAGCAUUGUGUUAAUCAAAGCGAAUGGGUGUUGGUCUUAUGUGGGCCGACUUGGUGGCGAGCAACCGCUUUCGCUUGGCUGGGGGUGUGAACAGGCUGCAAUUGCUACUCAUGAACUCGGUCAUGCUCUUGGACUUUUCCACACCAUGUCACGCUACGAUCGAGACGAUUUUAUAACUGUUGUGCCGGAAAAUGUUGUAGAAGGGUUCGUGGAUCAAUACAUCAAAGAGACGAAUCUCACCACUACUAACUAUGGAUCCACCUACGAUUAUGGUAGUAUUAUGCACUAUGGAGCGUCCAGUGCUUCUCGCAACACAUUGCCUACAAUGAUAGCCAACGACACCAAUUAUCAAGAAUCAAUGGGCUCCUAUAUCCUCUCCUUCAUUGACAAAUCGAUGAUCAACGACCAUUACAACUGCAAAGAAAUGUGUCCGAACGAUACCUCAGCUCGGUGCGAGAAUGGUGGAUUCCCCCACCCAAGAAACUGUUCAGAAUGCAUCUGCCCAAGUGGUUAUGGCGGGGCUCUUUGCGACCAAAAGGUAACGCAUUGGUUUUUAAAUACCAGAUGGAUGUGGAGAAGUGUUGGCAGCGAAUGUUACCACACAACUCCUCAUAAGAUGAACUCGGCUUCAAUUCGACCGGCGUCAGAGAAGACUUUGAGUUCUGCAACUACUGGAUCCAAGUAUGCUCCCGAAGGGAAAAAGAUUGAAGUCACAGUCAAAUCCAUUUCUCAUGGCUACGGUAAUGAUGGAUGUACUCUGGGAGGCGUUGAAAUCAAAACCAGUGAAGACCAAAUCCGAACAGGAUACCGGUUCUGCUCAUCAAAACAUAACAACACUGUGCUAAUUUCGGCCUCUAAUCGUGUGCCUGUGAUCACGUUCAACAGAUAUGAUCAGCAUGAGAUCAUCUUGGAGUAUAAGAUUGCUUCAUAA